AACCUCUUUCUCUCUCUGAGCCCAUGAAUCCUGGUGGAUGGAAGAACCUGCUCCUUCAGUGUAUUCAGGGAGUCAGCUGACCUCAUCCUCUGAACCUGGACCUGAGGAACUGCAGCGACGCAACAUCAUAGCACUAUAGCAACAGUUAGCUUAAAAUAAAGAAGUUAAAAAUGAUUAUCUAAAAAAAAAAACAAUUAGCAAAAACGUGGUUAGCUAAAAAGGUUUUUCCUCCUACUUCCUCUUUCUUUCCCUUUUCUCCUUCCUUUCCUUUUACUUACUUCCUCUUCCUCUUCCAUGUCUCCAGUGUGGAGGAGAUGUGUUGCUCAGUGCUGCCCCUGCUGGUCACUCUGCUACUCAGCGACAUCACUGCGUCAUGGGAAGAACGCGGGGUGGACUACAAAUAUGGUGGACAAGCUGAGCUACAAGACAAACAGCAUUUCUGCACCUGGAAGUGUCUGCAGUUCACUCUGCAGUGGCCCGGAGCUUUCUGUAAGUCUUUGAAGGAUGAGAUUCUCUGUAUUAUUCCUCCUGGUAUCGACAGCUGGACCAUCCAUGGCCUGUGGCCGAUGAAGGCGCACAGCUGCUGCAACUGUUGGCCGAUGUUCCCCUCGGACGUCCAGGAGCUGGAGGCUGAGCUCUCCCAACACUGGCCGUCGUUACUGAAGAUCAAAUCCAGCUUCAGGUUCUGGAAUGAAGAGUGGAGGAAACACGGGGCGUGUGCAGCUUGUGUCGAAGGCCUGAACUCUCCUCUGAGAUUCUUCCAGAUCUGCCUCAAACUACGAGCACGCUACGAUUUCCACCGGUUUAAUUUUUCCUGCAGGUUCCUGGAGGAGGCCGGGAUCACUCCGUCCUGUGAGCGGGUCUACAAGGCUGAGGAGGUGAACGAGGUCCUAGUUCCACAUCUCGGGGACCAAUACGAGAUCCAGUGCAUCACAGACGACCAGGGCAGGGAGGUCUGGUUCCAGGUCAAGGUCAAGUUGUCUCGUAACCUGACCAUCGGAUGUGAUCACCACGGCGACCCCAGCAGGGAUCCAGGUCCAGGACUGUCUGAGCCGUCUUCUGGACACCCCUGCCCCCCCCACGUCCCGGUCUACUACUACCCCAUCAACCACCAGCAGCCUCAGCGUCCCUGCGGUUAAUCAGGACCAGGAUUAAACAACACAAACGUGAUCCGGGACUUAAUUCAGGUUCCCUCUAGUCCAGUCUGGUCUUGUUUAGUCUAGUACAGUUUAAAUUGUUCUGGUUUAAGGUCUUAGUUGGUUUCACCCAGAGUGAAUCCAGUCUUUCUUCAGAUGUUUUUCAUUUUAAUUUUUGUGAAUUUAAACCGUGUUUUCUACGUUUAUCUCAAUAAAAACA